AUGGAGCAAGAUCGCUUAAGUGACCUAGUGCUCAAGCGCUCAAGACUGCUCAAGCGAGCCAUACUGCUCAAGCUCCUGAGGCACUCAAGCGAUGGGCAGGUUGGCUCAAGCGAUAGGAUGGUGAGCAUCCCUCUCGCCAACAGGAAGGAUCGUUUCUCCAUCUUUAUUUUAUGCAUGGUAACAUUAUCCAGCUUGAGCAGUACCACCAAUGCAGACUCGCCUUGUUUUGAUGUGAUGAAUUAUGGAGCUCUUGGUGAUGGAAAAACCGAUGAUUCUCAGGCAUUUCUGAAGGCGUGGAAUGAAACCUGCAAAGUUCAAUCACAAAAUGCUACCCUUAAUAUACCAACAAAGACAUUCUUAUUGAAUCCUGUCAUAUUUUCGGGUCCAUGUGCGCCCACCUGUAUCAAUGUUCAGUUAGCAGGAAAAAUUAUUGUGAACACUGAUCAAUCCCUACACUCAGACAAUCAUUGGCUCUGCUUCUCACAUGUGAAAGGGCUUGCUUUGACCAGAAAUGGAACUACAGAUGGCCAAGGGACAGGUUCAUGGGAAGAGAAAAACACGAGAGUAACUGCACUGAAAUUUAAUUAUUGCGAAGACCUUGAACUUAAAGGAUUGACACAUAUCAAUCCCCAAAAGUCCCAUAUCUCUUUGCACAACUGUGAUGGAGAAAACGUCUCUAACAUCACUACAAGUGCCCCUGAAGAUAGCCCUAACACAGAUGGCAUUGAUAUUAGUUGCUAUGGUAUCAGCAUUGGAUCACUAGGAGACCCUACGGAAGGUACCUUCGACACAGUGUCAAAAGUAUAUGUGCAGAGUUGUAAUUUUACAGGACAAAACACUACUGGAGUUAGGAUCAAGACAUGGCAGGGAGGGCAUGGAGAAGUAAAGAAUAUAACAUAUCAAGACAUUACAUUCAACAAUAUCGCUAGACCAAUUGUCAUUGAUCAAUUUUACUGUCCUGACGGUGCCUGCAAACACAACAACAAUAUGAAUACCAGUGCAUUGGCAAUAAGCAAUGUCUCAUAUACCAGAAUCAGCGGGACGUCAAGUAGAGACAAGGUGAGCUCAGAUCCAUCAGAGUCGGCUUAUGCUAAUUGUCUUAAUGUUAAUGGAACAGCAUCCGAUGUACAACCUUCUGCUGAUAACUUGAGCAGUUCUACAAAUGCAACCUCGCCUUAUUUUGAUGUGAUGGAUUAUGGAGCUGUUGGUGAUGGAAAAACCGAUGAUUCUCAGGCAUUUCUGAAGGCGUGGAAUGAAACGUGCAAAGCUCAGUCACCGGAUGCUACCAUGAAUAUACCAGCAAAGACAUUCUUAGUGAAUCCUGCCAAAUUUUGGGGUCCAUGUGUGCCAACCCGUAUCAAUAUUCAGGUAGCAGGACAAAUUAUUGCAAACACUGAUCAAUCCCUGUACUCGAACAAUUAUUGGCUCCACUUCGCGUAUUUGGGAGGGCUUACUUUGACUGGAAGUGGAACUAUAGAUGGUCAAGGGGCAGGUUCAUGGCCAGAGCGAAAGGGAGUAGCCGCACUGCAAUUGUUUUCUAUCACAGACCUUGAAAUCAACGGAUUGACACAUACCAAUCCCCAAAAAGCCCAUAUCUCUAUGACUGGUUGUAAUGGAGUAAACAUCAAUAACAUCACUAUAAGCGCCCCUGAAGAUAGCCCUAACACAGAUGGCAUUGAUAUUGGUGACUCAAGCCACAUUCAAAUCCAGAAUUCCAAAAUUGGAACAGGUGAUGACUGCAUUGCUAUUGGUACAAAUUGUUCCUUCAUCAAUAUCACAGACGUCACGUGCGGACCAGGCCAUGGUAUCAGCAUUGGAUCACUUGGAAAUCCUGUAGAUGGUGGCUACGACACAGUGUCAGAAAUACAUGUGCGGAGUUGUGAUUUUAUAGGAAAGAACACUACUGGAGUUAGGAUCAAGACAUGGCAGGGAGGGCAUGGAGAAGUAAAGAAUAUAACAUAUGAAUACAUUAAAUUCUACGAUAUCGCUAGACCAAUCGUCAUUGAUCAAUUUUACUGUCCUAACAAUGCCUGCCAAAACAAUACGGGUACCAGUGCAGUGGCAAUAAGCGAUGUAUCAUACACCAAUAUGGGUGGGACGUCAAGUGGAGACGACCCCGCGAUAUCUUUGCGUUGCGGUGACAAAAAUUCCUGCAACAAUAUUGUGCUUGAUAAUGUCCACAUAAAGAACUCGGAUUCAACGAAGCCGGCUUCUGCUGAUUGUCUCAAUGUUAAGGGAAUAUCAUCCCAUGCCAUGCUUUUACUACAGCUCAAGCUAAUCGCGGUUUUUGUGGUUGUCCUGAAUGAAGAUUACUACAGCUCAAGCUAA